AUGACUACGGCAAGGCGUCUGCCUUGCCGUCUGCUCGAGAGAAAGAGAGACCGGCGAGCGCGAGUGGAGUUCCAGAGCGCAACUAGCGGCGAGCGGGUGUACAGGGCGGGCCUGCCUCAGGGCAGCGUCCUGUCCCCGGCCCUGUUCUUGUUAUGGGCCGCCCCACUCGCCGCGGAACUCCAGAAGACCCCUGGCACCACGGCGUUCCUCUAUGCCGACGACACUGCGGCCCUGUGCUCGGGCAACAACAUCGAGGUCGCCAAACUACGCGCACAACAGGCAGCGGACGCGCUCGUCAAGUGGGCCCGCGCUUCCAAGAUGGUGGUUGCCGGCCAGAAGACUCAGGCGCUGGUCCUGUCGCAGUGGGCCCGGGACGCCGUCAACUGCUCCGUCCAAGUGGCAGGGGAGACGGUCGUCGCGGGCGACCAGCUGAAGCUGCUUGGAGUCACACUGGACCGACUGCUCCACUUCGGAGCCCACUGUCGCAGCCUCCGCCAGCGCGUGCGACCUCGAACCAACCAACUCAGACUGCUGACCGGGCGUGAGUGGGGGCUGGAAGAGCGCCAGCUGCGCAUCGUCGCCUCCGGCUACAUCCGCGGCGCACUGGAACACGCCGCCGCCGCCUGGCUCCCAGCUGCGUCACCGUCCCAUAUCAUGCUGCUGGAGAGGGAGAUGCGCGAGGCCGCCAGAGUGGUAACCGGCUGCCCCCGGUCCACUCCAGCACACGCCGUAAUGGCGGAGGCGGGCCUCGCCCCGGUGGCCGAGCGACGCACGGCCCUGGCGGCGCGCCUACUGGCCAAGGCGCGCGCCCUCCCGGCUGGAGACCCGCUGCGGAAGGUGGCGGAGAGCCAGGUCCCCACCCGCCUCAGCACCGUGACAGGGUGGAGAGGAGUGGGCGAGGAGACAUGGAGAGCGGCGGGCAUCUGCCCUCCGAUCGAGCCCAUCCUCCCCCUGCCGGAUCCACCAUGGGAUCCGUCACCAACGGUUUCCUUCAGCCUCGACAUAGGAGCCGCCAUCCCAACCGCGGCCAGCGACACCUGGAAGAGAAAUGCGGCAUCCCAGCACCUGGCGGCGCUCCCGCAGUGCGCCACCUGGGUGUGGACCGACGGCUCGGCCACCGACGGCGUCCUGAACGGUGGCGCCGGAGCCCUGAUCGUGUGGCCGGACGGAGAGGAACGAUCGGUCCGCGCCCCGGCGGGCCGCCUGUGUUCAAGCUUCCGGGCUGAAAUGGUCGCCCUCCGGACCGCCCUCUCGUUCCUUCUGGAGAAUCCGCUUCACGCAGACGACCCCGUAGUAAUCUGCACAGACUCACAGUCCGCCCUCGCCGCACUCCGAGAGGGCCCGGCCGCCCAGCACUCCCCGCUGGGAGGGGCCAUCUGGAGAGCCCUCCGGGGCCUGACGGCGGGAGGCCGGCAGGUCCACCUGCAAUGGGUGCCCUCGCACUGCGGACUGGAGGGGAAUGAGAGGGCGGACUCGAUCGCCAAGGAGGCCAGCAAUCUCGCCCAGGACCAAGCCCCCAUCGACGUCCAGACGGCCCGCCGGGCCGCCGCCAGAGAGGCGGACACCCCCCAGCAUGUCCUCCUGCGCUGCCCGGCCCUGAUGGCCACCCGACACCGACUGCUGGGAUCCAUCAACCCCGACCUUGAAGAGGUGCGGAGCGGCGCCAUCGUGGCGGCCCUGGGGGCCGCCCACAGGUCCCUACAGAGCCGGACGGCUACGUCUCAGCUGUGA